ACUGUACAAGUAUAUAUGGAAAAGAGAUAUGAUAUUGUAAAGCGAGAUGCGAUAGAUAGUUACGAGGGCUGAGAAAGAGUGAGAGUGAGAGCAGAAAAAUGACAACGGCAACAAAAUUCAAGUGUAAGUGGAGACAAAAGAAAAAGAGAAAAAGUCGGCAAAAAAAAUAUUGAUCUGCUCGGAAAUAUACGAUCUAAAUGGCUUCUGUCGUUCUCAUCUAUGCGCUAGACUGUGUUCCGCACGCAUUUCUUGGCAGUUCUGAUCCGCAUUGCCAAAUUCGCUUCUCCUUUCUCACUCGUUCCUUAUCUCGCAUCUCAGCCGACAGUUCGCAUUUUUCGAGACAUAGUGCGUUGGUGGUAACAAUAUGGCUUUAAUAGGUUGAAGGCGUUGGUUGUUUGCUGCUUCAGUGACUGAUAACAAAGCGCCCUCAAUCUUUAAACGCCCAACAUAUCACCGAGGCUGCGAAGGAAGGUAACAGCGAGGCCAAAGACAGUAAGGGAGAUCGCGAUCGAGGUGUUGCCGGCCCGCUUCUCGGGAGCAGUGAUUUCCUGACGGAUGAAGUUGGUAAUGGCGUUGCCGCUGCUCUUGGGUGCGAUCUUCUUGACCAUGGUGAUUGUAAGUUCAGGCUGGCUAUGAGUAUGUGGAUGUGAGAAGUAUAAGAUCCC